AUGAAAGCUCAGAAAUUCCUGUCUCUCCACUGUAUCUUCUCCCUUGUGCUGCUUUUCCAGCAAGCCUGGGCUCAGUUCCCACGCCAAUGUGCCACCGUUGAGGCCUUGAGAAGUGGUGUGUGCUGCCCAGACCUGUCCCCUCUAGCUGGGCCGGGGACUGACCCCUGUGGCUCAUCAUCAGGCAGAGGCAGGUGUGAAGCAGUGACUGCAGACUCCCGACCCCACAGUCCCCAUUACCCCCACGAUGGCAGAGAUGAUCGGGAGGCCUGGCCCACACGGUUCUUCAAUAGAACAUGCCACUGCAAUGGCAACUUCUCAGGACACAACUGUGGCACUUGCCGUCCUGGCUGGAGGGGAGCUGCUUGUGACCAGAGGAUUCUUACAGUCAGGAGAAAUAUUCUGGAUUUAAGUAUCGAGGAAAAGAACCACUUCGUCCAAGCUCUGGAUAUGGCCAAGCGCACAGCUCACCCUCAGUUUGUCAUUGCCACCAGGAGAUCAGAGGAAAUAUUGGGGCCAGAUGGCAAUACACCACAAUUUGAGAAUAUUUCCAUUUAUAACUACUUUGUUUGGACACACUAUUACUCAGUCAAAAAGACUUUUCUUGGUCCGGGGCAGGAAAGCUUUGGUGAAGUGGAUUUUUCUCAUGAAGGACCGGCUUUCCUCACAUGGCACAGGUACCACCUACUGCAGCUGGAGAGAGACAUGCAGGAAAUGUUGCAAGAACCUACUUUCUCCCUUCCUUACUGGAAUUUUGCAACUGGCAAAAACAUAUGCGAUAUCUGCACCGAUGACAUGAUGGGAUCGAGAAGCAACUUCGAUUCCAGUCUUAUAAGUCCAAACUCCGUCUUCUCUCAAUGGCGAGUGGUCUGCGAAUCUUUGGAAGAUUAUGAUACCCUCGGAACACUUUGUAACAGCACUGAGAAUGGGCCAAUCAGGAGGAAUCCAGCUGGAAAUGUGGCUAGACCGAUGGUGCAGCGUCUUCCUGAACCACAGGAUGUCACCCAGUGCUUGGAAGUUGGUGUAUUUGACACACCUCCUUUUUAUUCCAAUUCUACAAAUAGUUUCCGAAACACAGUGGAAGGUUACAGUGCUCCCACAGGAAGAUACGAUCCUGCUGUUCGGAGUCUUCACAAUUUAGCCCAUCUAUUCCUGAAUGGAACAGGGGGACAAACCCAUUUGUCUCCAAAUGAUCCUAUUUUUGUCCUCCUGCAUACUUUCACUGAUGCAGUCUUUGAUGAAUGGCUAAGGAGAUACAAUGCUGAUAUAUCCACCUUUCCAUUGGAAAACGCCCCUAUUGGACAUAAUAGACAAUACAAUAUGGUACCAUUCUGGCCUCCAAUUACCAACAUAGAAAUGUUUGUUACUGCUCCAGACAACCUUGGAUAUACUUAUGAAGUUCAAUGGCCAGGUCAAAAUUUUAGUGUAUCUGAGAUUAUUACCAUAGCAGUAGUUGCUGCUUUAUUGCUGAUUGCAGUCAUUUUUGUGGGUGCUUCUUGCCUGAUUCGUGCCAGAAACAGAAUGGAUGAAGCUAAUCAGCCUCUCCUCACUGAUCAGUAUCAACACUAUGCUGGAGACUAUGAAAAAAUCCAGAAUCCGAAUCAGUCCAUGGUCUGA